AUGAAGUACUGUGUACUGUACCACGAGUACCAUGCUACAGAGUUGUACCACGAGUACCAUGCUACAGUGCUGUACCACGAGUACCAUGCUACAGUGUUGUACCACGAGUGCCAUGCUACAGUGUUGUACCACGAGUACCAUGCUACGGUGUUGUACCACGAGUACCAUGCUACAGUGUUGUACCACGAGUACCAUGCUACGGUGUUGUACCACGAGUACCAUGCUAUAGUGUUGUACCACGAGUACCAUGCUACAGUGUUGUACCACGAGUAUCAUGCUACAGUGUUGUACCACAUGAGCUACUGUGUAUUGUACCACACUUCUCAACAUAGUACAGUGCUGUACCACAUGGGGUACUGUGACUGUACCACACUUCUCAACAUAGUACAGUGCUGUACCACAUAG